UGGACAUAAUUCCGGUAGGUAUACCUACUUGGCGUGUGCAGUCCGUGCACUAUAUAAGCGCGACGAUCCGGUGCCUGUGAUUUUCUUUCGCCAACAGACUCAAUCGCGCCAACUCGUACAAGAUGGACAAGACCACCAGAGUGUUCGUCUUUUGCGUCGCUGCUGUAGCUAUGAUUGCGAUCAGCGAAAUACCAGUUGGCACAGAAGCGUUUUUGGAGCCAUUCGCCAGCCAUUUGAUAGCGAAAAAAAUGAUGCUUAAACACGGAGUGGGCGCACCUGCUGCACCGACCGGUCAAACACAGUACAUUUAUUACGGCGGGCAAUAUCAACACCAGCCACAGCCGCGGCCGUCACCGCCCCAGCCCCAGCUCAGCGUGAGCUAUCCGGCGUACGGUCCUCAAACGUCCAGUUACCCGGCGUACGGCCCUCAAACUGCCAGUUACCCGGCGUACGGACCUCAAACGUCCAGUUACCCGGCGUACGGACCUCAAACGUCCAGUUACCCGGCGUAUGGUCAACAGACUAAUGGCUAUUCGGCGUACGCUCAGGCCAGUUUCAGCGGAUACAACGAACAGCCCGCGCCCGUUGUCAAACCAGCAUCGCUGCCGUCCGGAUGUCCACCGGCUAGCCAGCCGAGCACACCGGUCGACUACUCCAACUACGCCGUACACGGUGGACACGGUUACGGCAGCUAUGGCAGCAGCAACAACAACAACGGGGGUUAUGGAAAAUAAUGUAUGCGGAAAGACCACAACCGCAAUAAUAAUAAUAAUAGUAAUAGUAAUAAAAAUACCACCAAUGUAUUAUUGACUAUGUAAGUUUAAAGAAUUAAAAAUUAAUUUAAUAGUAAAAAAAUGACAAUGUACAAAUAA